AUGCAAAGGAAACUAACCUUAGAGAGUGAAAACGGCAGAAAGUACUGCAAAGCCACUGGAAGGAGGAUCUUUCGCAAGAGAUCGCCGGAGAGGAUUCAAACAGCAGAAGGUGAGAUGGAGACGGUAAAGAGGAUCGAUGGAGAAUCUAUGAAGCUUAUAAAGACAAGGUUUUACCUUUACUUCAAGCAUUGUAUGGGAGCUAUAGAUGGAACCCACAUUCCUGCAACUCUGCCAAUAGCUACACAACUUCCAUUUCGGGGUAGAAAGGGUUAUACCACACAAAAUGUAAUGGCUGUAUGUGACUUUGACAUAAGAUUCACAUAUGUGCUAGCUGGGUGGGAAGGCUCCGCUAAUGAUUCGAGAAUUCUAAAAGAGUGUAUUGGGAAUGAGGCAAUGAACUUUCCAGUUCCACCACCAGGUAAGUAUUAUUUGGUGGACUCAGGGUAUGCCAAUAAGCUUGGUUAUUUGGCCCCAUUUCGAGGUCAUACUUACGACUUUCAGGAAUACCGUAGGAGUAGACCACCCCGUGGUCGGGAGGAAGUGUUCAAUCAUACGCAUUCAUCUUUGAGAAAUAUAAUUGAGCGAAGCUUUGGGUUGUUGAAGAUGAGAUUCGUUAUUUUGAAGGCAAUGCCUCCUUAUAAGUUUUCAACACAAGUAUUGAUUGCAAUGGUUUGUUGCACAUUACACAACUUCAUUAGAAAUCAAUAUCAGCCUGAUGAUUUAUUUGAUGGUGACGAUCCUCCUCAAAGUGAUGGUGAAGACGAUGAGAUUGUUGAGCAUCUGCUUUCGGCUCAGCUUCGAGAAAUGGAUUAG